UAUCUUUUUUUCCUGGGUAAGUAUGGAAUCUGAGAUCUUCUUUGACAGAACUUUCUUUUCUCAUUUAUGUAGUAUAUGGAAUUUAGAAUUAAACACACAUGGGAUGGUUUACCUGUGAGCCAUAACCUGGUUAUGAUUCCGCUGAGGCCAGACAAUGCAGGACUGCUAAUGGAAGUUCAUGGUCCCUUCUGUAAUGACCCUCAAGCACCACUUGGAGAGCCAGGGAAACCUUUUGAUAGGCUGUGGGACUAUGAGGUUAUAGAAGCAUUUUCAAGUGACAGAACUGAGCACUCUUUAGGAGUUGACCUUUGUCCCCACGGGCAGCACUUACUACUGCUGCUUUCUGGCAAAAGAAAAGUAUGGAAAAAAGAACUUCCUUUAGAGUUUGAGGUGACCAUAAUGAAAACCAAAUGGGAGGGUAAAGCUCAUAUUCCUUGUAAUUACUUUCCACCAUAAAUGCACUAACAAGUUCAAUGAUUUGCAAUUCCUGACUUGAAAGAAGAGAGGAAAUACAAAGCACUUUAUCUUGUGCCUCAACAUGAACUACAGGAAGGACAGAAAGCAGAUUUUCAUUGUCUGGAAUUUUUCAAGGAUUUAGACAUGAAAGAAGUAAUAGAAGAAGACUGGAAGCAGCUGUGAUGGACUGAGAUGUUAUUAAUGUCUUAAACAUUGUCAAAAUCAUAGAAAGCCUUUUUGUCAAGCUGCAAGGAAGCAACUGCCUGUCAGCAACCACUGAAAUCACCCCCUCUUCCUCAAUAUGCUUCUUGACUGGAAUUUGGACUGUGAAGGGAAGCUUGAGAUAAGACUAUUGUCUAAUCAUCUCAGGUCUGAGGAGAAGUAAACAAGGCUCAGGAAAUCUGACCUAGCUGAGCUCAGUGGGUGGCAGAAGAGAACGGUUUGGGGAGUGUGAUGGCAAAAUCUCUCCACACAAAACAGAGUAAACUGCCCCCCCCCCUCCAGGAUGACCACGUACACAUGGGGCAUUCACAUGAGAGGCAGCUGAGAAGGGUCAUAAACAAUCAAAGACCCCCAAGGUAUCCCUCUCACCAUGAAGAAGACCAGAAAAAUGGGACCUAUGGGAUGCUGCCCGAUUACAUGAUAUAUUUUCUAUUUUUCUCUCUCUCACUCUCUUCUUGCCCUCGCCACCCUUUUUCUAUUUCUUUCUAUCUCUCUCUGUCUCAGAUUUACUGUUAAAUACACCAUUCUGGGCAGAGUUUUUUAAUAUCAGAUUAGUAAGGCUUUCCUUGACACCAAAGUCAUCAAUCAGUCUUAAAAUCAACAGUAAAGUAUGUGGCUCAGUUGAUUCUAAAUGAAUGAACAGCUCAUGUUUCAAUUCAUCUGGGUAUGGAGUUUUUCAUCUGUGCAAGAGAUAAAUCUAUUGCUACCAAUGACAGUGGAAAAAUAUGCUAAAAUUACAGCUGUGUUUUCAUGAGAACUCUAAAGCCUGAUAAGGCCAAUACCUGGCUUGAAAUCUUUUGGGUUCUGGUAGUUGCUGAAUUUCUGCUGUAUUUUCACUGCUACUUUUUUGUUUCUUGACUGCUGAAUGACAUUCUUAUGCGCCUAAAUUUUCGAUUAAAAUCAGCAGAAAAAAUGCCUCCUUCAGGAACAGAGAGAAAUGUAGCUUUCAUGGAUUUUGGUGGCCCAGUACUUGCACUGCAAGUAUAACACUACCCUUUCCUCUAUGUUCCUAUACUUGAUGUUUUCCCUAGCCUGGUGCCAAAGUGAGAACUUCAUCUGUAUUACAGACAUCUCGGCUUCAAAUUCAGUGUGGAGUUUCUAGUGAUACUUAGGUACAGAGGAUAGAUUUAGAAAAGGUUUUAUGAAUUUCAGGAAAAGUUUCUGGAACACAUAAUGUUCAGUAUAAAAUCUUUUGAUAGACUUGAGUGCCUACAAAUGAUGGUUUGUCCUGUUGUAGCAGGAUAGUCCACCCUGAUAAGGCCUAGAAUCUGAUCAGAGAAUGCAUGCAAUGCAAACCAUCACUCAAGCUAUCAUGCAAGUUCAACUGCUGGUGCCAGGUGCUGUCUUGGUAUUGAAUUAUGCUAAAACCAGCCUGGUUCACCAGAUUCCGAAUCCUGCUUUUCUGAAGCAGAAUUUGACAGAUAAGAUAGUCUGCUUGCCUGUAAUCUGUGACUACCAGAGUAUAUAGUUAUAUAGUCUGGCACAACUAUAAAAACCCGGUCCACCUUUCAUUUGGCAGAUUCUUCCACACACUUCCUUGAAGUGUGGAGCUUCUCCCUGAAGCACAGAUGCCUCCUUCUGGUUACUCCCUAGGGGUUAAAAGAUCUAUGUGCUAUCUCAUCUCUACCAAUCUCUACUUAAUGAUUGUUUCUUUUGUUAGCUUUGAUACAAUUGGUUUAAUAUAAUUGCUUUGUUACAGCUUUGUUACUUUAUGUUAUAUGAUACCCUAAUAGGAGAUUUUUAGCUUUUAUAUUGUGUAGUGUAUAAUUCUGAUUAUGAUCUUUCUUCUGUUCACUUGUCUGUUCAUUUGUGAUAAUAUAUAAUUCAUUUUAUAUAAAUAUAUCCAUUUUGCCAUUAUUAAAAACUUACAGGACAAACUGUUUUAAUCACACCUCUAUAAUUCCUUAAAUUUAAACUGUUGACACAGUCCAAGGCUAAGAGAGGUUUCAGGCACACCUCAACCUUUCUUCGAGAAGGACUUUAGAAAGCAAGAGAGUCCUUUUUGCACCUCGUGAUCAGCAGCAGGGUUUUUUUUUUUAAAUAAGUUUGUCUAAACCUUCCACUCUCCCUUGACAUACAUCACCUUAAGGAUAUAGCUAAGAAGUCUGAGAAUUUUUUUGCAUGCCACUUAGAUUUGGAAAUACUGUACAUGUAUGUAGCUAUAUUUUCUACAUGUUGGCAUGAAUAAUUUAAACACUAGUGAAUACUGUUAGAUGGUAAUAUCUUAUCUGUAAACUCUCACAGGAUUUACAAAUUACAUGUUCCUUUUAUUUUGUCUAGCAUAGCAAGUGCUGCUUAAUUUUGGCUGCUGACUUAGUCCUAUAUAAAUUAACUUAGAAAAUGGGAAGCUUGCCCACUGAGCAGAUUCUACAUCUGAAACAUAGGUGACUUUAAAAUUAAACUACUUAGUUCAGUGAGAGGAUUCAGACCAAGACAUGUUCCUCGGAUCUUUAAUAGAAAGAGGACACCCUGCAUCCUGUUGAAAUGUCAUCAUCACAUCUGGUCACAUCAUUUUGUCCUUUCUCUGUGCAUAUCCAAGAAGACUGACUUUGUUGAACUAUUGUUCAGGUAGCUGAAGAUAACUUUUAGCUCCCAUAGAUUUUUUUAAAUGUUGUCAUUCUCAGUUUGCCUUUUGUGAAUCUCGUAAGUAAGCACCUUCUACUUAGAUAAUAUUGACAGACAAAAGUGUAAAUUGGGUUGUAAUUUGGGUUGUAACUCAGAGGCUGAAAUGCUUCCAGGCCUUUCUUGUUUAUUUAGAUCAUAAGUGGUUCUAAAAAUCUUCUGUGUAGCUUUAGAUAUCAAAAUGCCUGUGAAGCUUUCCACAAGACUGGACUUUCUAAGUCAUAUUAUUGAAAGUAUUCUCUGUUUUCUUCUGAGCUUGUAUGCAGUAAUAACCACAGUCUGAUGGUCAUAUUUUCUUUGCUGUCUUUCAGUUUAGCUGUAAGUGAGAAGAAAAGAAGAUGGGAAUAUUCCGCUUUUGGGAAGAACAUGUCAGUGUGAUUAAUAUCUGAGAUAGAAUGUUAGUUGAGUGGUUUUGUUUGGCUAUAGAUUCCCUCUUUGUUCCUUCAGUUUUAUAGAACUCUACUCUCAGAUUUAAGGAUAUUACGUUUUUUCGCUUGCAGACUUUAGGAUGUCAGUGCACACAGCCAUCCAAUUGCUUUUGCUCUCUUUCCGGUAGACAAUAAAGAUUCCUUGCUAUAAAGUGCCAUCUGUUGGAAAUUCUAAGUAUUGUACAUUCAAUUGUUUGGCUUCUUUUCUACCCUCAAUCCAGGUACAGUUUUCUAAAGAAAUACAUCAAUCUGAAAUACUGAAUAAUCCAAUAAAAGUUGAGUAAACUGAAGUAGCUGGAUUCCUUAUCCAGCUAUUUCAAAGGAACCACAGAUUCACAGCAGCAUAGAGAUCUUGAUCCACCCCAUCUCUCCUUUUUGCAACUUUUUAAAGAGGAUAAUUACUUCUGCAAAAAUUCAACUGAUCUCUCUCUCCCUUUCCUUACAAGAUUGAUUCCAUGAAAUCAUUUAAUGAGAUGCAACUGUUAAGUGAAGCACAACUGACUAACUUAAAAUUUAAGGACAUCAUCUACUAUUAACGAAGUGUUUUAAAGCACAUUUUACUGGCAUGGCCACAGCUAAAAUUUAGAACAGAGCUUUGCUAAGCUGUUCUGUGAACAUGUAAUCUUUUGUUGGAUUGCUGCAGAAGAGUUAUGUAUAAACCUCCUCUGUGUGUUUAGAUGUAUAAUAUUCUCUUGUCAGUAUAUCUGGUUUUUACCUGUGGCAGGAAGCUUACAGCUUUUCUUGAAGCCUGCAGAAAUAGCCAAUGCUAAAUGACACAGCUCCAGUGCAGUGUCUUUCAGUUCCAAGUCAUAUCCUCAGGUUGCCUUGGUUGAAUUUACCCCAAGAAGAUAACAGGUUAAAUUUUAUCCAUGUAUAGAUAGAUAGAUAUGGAUAUAAAUCAUCUAUUCUGAUGUGCGUACCUAGGACCUUGUUCUUUGGCUGCCCACUCAAGUUUUAAAAACAUGACACUUCAUCAGAGCCACCCACUUGUUUGCUGCAGUAGAAAGCAAAGACCAAAUGAAAUCUGAAAGUUUUGGCUCCUUGCCAUUACAAAUACUAAGAUCAGCAUGCAAGAACAACUAAGUAGAUAAGACACCAUGUGCCUCUCUCAUGGCAACUUUAAUAUUCAGAUAUCAAAACAGCAGCAAAAAUCACUGACAGGCAAUCAGCAAAACCCAGAGCAGUGAUGAAACCAUUUUCCACUUUCAUACUAUGCCACUUAGAAAUUAAGAUCUGUUUCAAAGUUUUAUAGGUGCUGGAAAAGUUGAAGACACAGCUGAUGCCCUUCUAAUGCUGCCUGUCUAGGCUACUUUCUGUAGCCUAGAAGAUGAAGACAAAUAUUCCCUGAUACCAAAUUUCCAAAGAACAUUCAAGAUGAAAGUAGAAGCCUGGCAAAAAAAAUCUCCAAUUUUAGUACAGCAAGAAAAUACAGUGACCUUGUGCGAGCUCUUCAUUUCCAUAAUGGGGACUGCUGAAACACUGCAGUUAUGCUGUCAUAGGUUUACUUGUUCUAAAAAUCCAAGCAGAAAUUUUCCUUUCCCCUGUCCCACAGCGCCCCCUGCCGACCAACACUGAGCACUGCAGGCUCUGCUCCUCCAGUUAUCCAACAGCACCCCCUGUUGGCCACCACAGAGCACUGCAGACUCUGCUCCUCCGGAGAUCCAACAGCGCUCCUGCCAACCGUGAUUAGAAUUGCGCUGGAGGACAGAGAAGUAUCAGACUGCUUCCUUUUUGAAGGGGACUUUUGGGUACAGGAUUAUUGCUUAGUUGUUUUUGUGCUCUGUAACUGUUUUUGCCAAUGUAUCCUUUAAUAAAGGGUUGUUAUUUCUUCCUUUUUCCAUA